CCUAAGUGCCGUGAGCGCAACCCGCGUGCUUAACCAAACCCCCCUCGGUAAUCCGUCAAGGCAUCUCGACAUCUUUUCUCCGUCGCCAUUUGCGCGUUUCUUGGUGUUGUCCCACGUCCGUGGGAGCCGGAGGAAAUGCCGUCCCAGUUAUAAGUACAUCAUCUUGCUAGUCUUCAUUAUUUUCUUAUAAUGAAGCGCAUAUCCCCCCUCAAUCGUCUUUCCAUUCUUCGUUUUAUCCAGUUCUUCCACUCUUGGAAUUAAUUUUUUGUCGAAAUACCCUCUGUCAUCAUCGUUACUUCUGAUUUCACUGAACAUAUUUAUUGUAUGAACCAAAACAUGGCUGACAACACGGCACCAAAUGGAGUCGAACUGUACGAUAUCGUGAUAGUUGGCGCCGGUCCCGUUGGCCUCUUGCUCUCUACUUGUCUUGCAAGAUGGGGCUACAAGAUAAAGCAUAUCGACAAUCGUCCUGAGCCAACGAAGACAGGUCGCGCAGAUGGCAUUCAACCCCGCUCCCUCGAUUUACUCAAGAACAUGGGCUUGAAGCCUCAAAUAAUGGCCCAUAAGCCAGCGAAGGUCUUCGAGGUGGCAUUUUGGGAUCCCACUUCGGCUCAAGACGGCAUCCAUCGGACGGGAACAUGGGCGAGCUGCCCAAGCUUCAUCGAUGCCAGAUACCCAUUUACAACCCUGCUUCACCAAGGACUUAUCGAACGCGCCUUUAUUGGCGACCUAGAGAAGAACGGUGUUGAAAUACAAAGACCUUGGACUAUUACCGGGUUCAAAACAGAUGCAGAUGUCGACCCUACAUACCCUGUGGAGGUCAGCAUCGCGCAUAUCGACGGUACAGCCACGGAAACGGUUCGCGCCAAAUACUUGUUCGGUGGCGAGGGAGCAAGGUCGUUUAUUAGGGACCAAUUGAAGAUCCAAAUAACGCACAAAGACCCCAUUGCUCACGUUUGGGGUGUUAUGGAUGGUGUCGUUCAGACAGACUUCCCUGAUAUCAAAAUGAAAUGUACCAUUCAUUCCGAGCACGGAUCGAUCAUGGUUAUCCCUCGAGAGGAAAAUAUGGUCCGAUUAUAUAUCCAAAUUGCUUCAUCGACAGAUAAGAAUUGGAAUCCCAGGAGAACUGCGACAGAAGAAGAGGUUCAGGCAGCCGCGAAAAAGAUUAUGGCACCAUAUAACAUUACUUGGGAGCGUGUUGAGUGGUUCUCAGUCUACCCCAUCGGCCAAGGAAUUGCGAGCAAAUAUACUUUGGAUCACCGAGUCUUUUUGGGUGGUGAUUCAUGCCACACACACAGCCCUAAGGCUGGUCAGGGCAUGAACACCGCUUUCCUCGAUGCCCAAAAUCUCGCAUGGAAGAUUCACCAUGUCGAAUCCGGAUUUGCGGACCGUGGUAUCUUGGAGACUUACGAAUCAGAGCGCAAGCUUGUCGCCGAGAACUUAUUGAACUUUGAUGCGAAGUAUGCUGCGUUGUUCUCUCAGCGCCCACCUGCUGCCCACGACGUGAAGGCCGCCUCAGAGGGCGCCACAUCCAACAUUGGAGAAGAAAACAUAUUCAUCAAGACAUUCAAGGAGUCUUGUGAGUUUACCAGCGGCUACGGAGUGGCAUACAUGCCAAAUCCCCUUAAUUGGAGCCCAGACCACCCCGCGAAGUCGCCUCUUAUCCAUCCUCAAGGCACCACACUCCGCACAGGCCGCAUCUUGGUCAACGCAAAUGUUACCCGGGUUGUCGAUGCCAACGUCGUCCACUUGGAGCAAGAGAUACCAAUGAAUGGAUCAUACCGCAUCUACGUGUUUGCUGGUGAACAGGCUGUGACAAGGAAGGCUCUAUCUGACUUUAGCGCCAAUCUUGACAAGAAGGGAUCCUUCUACAGCUCAUACAAGCGUCCUGACAAUACUUCUAUCUCUUACCAUGAGCGUCACAACCCGGAGAGUUUGUUUUACACUCUAUGCACCGUAUUUGCCAGCAAGAGAGCCGACAUUGAGGUAUCGAGGGACGUGCCAACGACUCUAGCACGCUACAGGGACCACAUUUAUGCGGAUGACAUCUGGGACCAGCGUGUGCCAAACGCCACUGCUGCAGCACACGCAAAGAUGGGCCUGGAUGAGAAGAAGGGCGGCAUUGUGGUAGUACGACCUGACGGGUAUGUUGGAAUUGUUGUCAGCUUGGUGGAGGGCAGUGGAACGGUGGAUGCCUUGAACGAGUAUUUCUCUGCAUUCUGCACGAAGAAGCUUGGUGAGCUGAGGGGUCAGUUGUAAUCUUGAUGAGAGAUAGAGAUACUGUACAUAAAAUAUAAGGUAGGCAUUUUUUAGAAGUAAGCAAGCAGGUAGUCGUCCCAGGUUAUAAAUGAAUAUUUGAAC